AUGCCGUCGCGCGCGCGCGCGCCGACGUUGCUAUACUGCGAGGCCAUCGAGCGGACGGCCGACGGCGGCGCCGCGCCCGUGCUGAAUCUGGACGACGAGGCGCGGCGCUGGGCGCCCGUCGUCGCGCCGACGCGCCACGGGCAUGCUUUUGAUGUCGUCGACUCCUUCCUGAACACGGGCGGGCGCUUGGACUUUGAGGCCGCGCGGCGCAACGAAUUAUUAGCUCGCGUCUACGAGCCCCAGAUCUGGGAGGAGCAGGAGGCGGCGGCGAAGGCGGCGUCGCCCUACGGGGCGAACCCGGGCUGGCGCCUCGCGUCGUUCUUAGUGAAGGCCGACGACGAGCUGCGAAGGGAGCAGCUCGCGUCGCAGUUCGCGGAAGCGGUCGCGGACGUCUUGGACCGCCACGGCGUCGACGCGUACCUGCGGCCCUACGGCAUCAUCUGCUGCGGCCCCCGGGCGGGCCUCGUGGAGACCCUGGCCGACGCCAAGUCGUUGGACCACGUGAAGCAGCAGCUGAAGAGCCUCGACAUGGGCACGGAUCUGGGCGCGUACUUCGACGCGGUCUACGGGCCCUACGACGAGAACCAGCGGGUCGGCGGCGCGCCGAACCGCAAGGAGGCGUCGCUGAACUUCGCGCGGUCGUUGGCGGGGUCGAGCCUGCUGAGCUACGCGCUCGACGUCAAGGACCGGCACAACGGCAACAUCCUCCUGGACCGCGGCGGCCGGUUGAUCCACAUCGACUUCGGCUACAUGCUCGGCCGGUCGCCGGGAGGUUUGAACUUCGAGGACGCGCCCUUCAAGCUGCCCCAGGACUACGUCCACGUCUUGGGCGGCGUCGGGUCGGACGCGUGGGUCGCGUUCGCGACGGCGUUCGCCGCGGGGCUCCACGCGCUCGCGCUCGAGCUCCACAGACUCCAGACGCUCCUGGUGCUCUUCUUCGGCGACUCGAACGUGGGCCUCGAGGCGGCGACGGCCCUCGGCGAGCGCUUCCGCGGCCUGGGCCAGGACCCGCGGCAGACCAUGGCCGCGGCGACGGACAUGAUCCGCCGGUCCCACGACUCGGACCGCGCGAAGCAGUACGACUGGUACCAGUGGAAGACCAACGGCAUCGUGCCCUAA